GAAACUGAAAUGGGAUCACACAAAGUUUCAUUUUUUGUCUUCUUUUUCUUGGUCUUAGCCUUUCAGCCUCACGUUGGCCAUGCCCAAUGCUCCCAAGAAGACUUCCUCAAUGGUCAAAACGAUGCUAGGUCAGAUGUGGAUGUUCAAGUUCCACUUCCACCUUUGGUUUGGAACAACACUUUAGCUGAAUACGCGCAAGACUAUGCUAAACAACGUAAGAGUAAUUGCCAACUUGUGCACUCUAAUGGACCUUAUGGGGAGAACCUCGCAGGAAGCACGGGUGACAUAAGUUGUGCCAAUGCCGUGAAACUGUGGGUUGAUGAGAAACCCUACUAUGAUCGCAAUUCUAAUUCUUGUGUUGGUGGGGUGUGUGGGCACUAUACACAGGUGGUUUGGAGAGAUUCAACCCAAGUUGGAUGUGCCAAAGUAGAAUGUGAUAAUGGAGGCACAUUCAUCUGUUGCAACUAUUAUCCCCCUGGCAACUACGUUGGACAAAGACCUUAUUAAGGGUCUAGGUAUAAGGGCUUUUGAAAGUUUCUUUUUUAAAAAUAUGGAAUUUUUUUCAGAAAAACUCUCAAAAGCUUUCAGAAAAACUUUUAGUUUUGAAUCUAAACGCACUUGAUCUAUUAGUAUUUCUGUGUGUUCAAUUAUGUUGUCUUGCUUCCCUUUCACUGAAGUAAUAUUAAGA